UCCACUACAUCUAAUCCUAAAACCCCUUCAGAUAUAUUCUGGUCUCCUGAGACCUCUGUCUCCAAAAUGGCGACAGGUUUCCAUCCACAUAAAAAAGCCAAGGCUAAAAAACAUCACAUUUCUGUGAAUAGUCUCCCGUCCGAAAAACACCAUAAAAAAGUCCGCCAGGACGAUGUUGAUAUUGACAAACCUACUACCAGUCAUUUAAUUUCUAUUCCUCAAUCUCAACCUGCACCCUUAGCCCGUGAGGAGGAACAAGUUAUCAGGGCUCAGAAAUCUGCUGUGCUGUUCUCCUCACAUUUAUCUAAUUGUCUAUUGCAAUUAUCCCUUCACUAUGUUGUUUCUAUGCAUUCUUGUUUUGCUGCCAUCUGCUGGCCAGAACUUGUGCACUGAAUCCACUGCUCUUGUUCAUUGUUGAUAAAGUUUCUUGCUCAGUGGUCGCUUGGCAGCCUGGGUCCCUCUCACUUCCUGCAGGCAUUUUUGGUUUUAAGUCUGCUUUCUGUGUGACUGGACAUUGAUCUCUGGGCUUGUGAAGGCAUCAGUUUUUGACCAGCAGAAGUUUCAGCAGUUGCCUCAGCAAAAGUCUCAGCAGAAGCUACAGCAGAAGUUACAGCAAAGUCUCAGCAACAGUUUCUAUAGUAUCAGGAAUACUCAUACAGUACAGCAUCAAUACCUCUGCUACCAUUACAGUAUUGUAUCACCGCUUGUCACUGCUUUUGGGUCAAAUAAACCCACAUUCAUUCUCAUCACUGUGUCUAUGCCUGAAUCCAUCUGCCUGAGCUCCUGCCGGUCCGGUCUGCUCCACUGCUUGGAUACGAAGGUAGGAAAGUCACACAAUCACUAUCAGUUACACCUUCAUUCGCCUUCAUGUGGGGACAGAAUAGUCAAAAACUGCCUUAAAGUCCAAUAACCCUGCUAGAGAAUCUUCAGAGCCCAGGACUACACUCAGGAAUCUCCCUAGCAACAGGUCCACGUGCAGCAAAAUCUGCCCAGCAACAGAGCAUGUCCAUACAAGUCUAAGGUGAAGCACUGUACAUCCUAUAUGAACAUUUGCUCACAUAAUAGAAGUGCUGUUUAUGCAAGCAGGGUUUCCCUCACACCUUAUCCUGUAUAGAAACUAGCUGCAUAUCUUCUUACAUCGCCUUGGACACCCCGACCCCUAAAACUCCGCAAUUCACUCAAAACACCUUAGGAAUCUUAUCAAGGUGCCCUAUUGGAGCCGUGCUGCGAUUUUCAGCCCCCUAUUCAAAAGUUUAUUUUCUUAAAGAGACAGUACACCUUAAAUAAAAAUGGCUGAAAAGGACCUUGCAGAGUUCCCCAGUGAUAAAACAAAGCAAAUGCAACCUGAUACUGAUCAUUAUGAAGAGCAGGAUGCAGAACCCACGCCUUCAGCAGACCAAGAUGUCCGACCAAGAUGCUCUCUCAAACCAUCAUUAAAGGUCAUUGAAAACUAUCACACCAUAAAAGAUGAGCUAUGUGAGAACCUGGAAGAGCAAUGGGAAUGAGUUUGCUCCCUCGUGUCAGGACUUACAUCCUCCUCAGGUGGUGCUACAAGCUUACAAAUUGCAGUUGGACAUCUGAACAGAGCUUAUGAAAGAUACAAGAGACUGACAACAAGGUACAUAACCUUUCUAAAAGACUCUAAUAUUGAUGAAGCCCUAUCAGAACUGAGCAAGGCGGAAUCAGUAGUCACAGAAAGAGAUGCCAAGGUGCAGGAUGCUAAAGAUAGAGCAGAACUCCGAAUCUCUCAUCUGCAAGAAACUAGAUCACACAGAUCAAACUCAUCUAAACAUUCUUCUCGGUCAUACAGAUCAUCGUGCUUAAGAAGCUCAGUCCUAAGUGACAAACUAAUAGAGGCCCGCAUGAGUGCAGAGCAAUCCAAAGUGAGACAUUCCUUCAUUGAAAAAGAAGCUCUUGCAAAGGCAGAAGCAGAAGCCUAAAGGGUAGAAGCAGAGGCUCGGAUAAAGAUUCUAGAAUCAGAGAUGGAAGAAGAGAUUGCGUUAGCCAAAGUAAGACUACUUGAGCAAGCAGUCAGCCAAGGUCUUGAUCCAGUCUGCUCGCCGCCACAAGAAAUAGAUGAUCAAGUCGAUCGCACCAGUGACUAUGUGCUGAAACAGUUCACGCCAAAACCCGUUUCCAGUACUGUAAAAGCCGUCAACACUGAAACCUCCAAGUCAGCUAUACCUGUGGUGACAGCACCACCCACAGCACCUGAGCAAGCUAAUAACCGUCAGCCAGAUGUGCGCUCUCAAUGACAAUUAUUACAGCAAGAUGUUUUCUGGCCUACCUCCACAGCUUAAGCAGCAGUCAUCAGAAUCUACAGAGGCUACACCACAGCUCAACCCUGCAGCAACAUCAUUUUACCCGGGAGCAUCUCACCCUUUCACGCCGAGCAACCCAUACGCCCCAGGGGCAUCAAGAGUUGUCAUGGCAACAAGCAGUGAGAAAUCAGAUAUGUCUGAGUUUGCCAGGUUUAUGGUGAGCAGAGAGCUAAUCAACACCAGUCUCUCAAAAUUUGAUGAACGUGCAGAGAGCUACAGAGCCUGGAAAGCAACAUUCAAAGCCGCCAUCGCCAACCUCAACCUAACUGCAGAGCAGGAACUGGACCUCUUGAUCAAAUGGCUGGGCCCAGGCUCUACAAAUCGUAUCAAGAGCCUCAGAACUGUCUACGUGGGACAAGCAGAAGCAGGUCUUGCUGCCGCUUGGCAGAGACUUGAACGUACCUUCGGCAGUGCAGAAGCAAUAGAGAAAGCCCUAUUCAAAAGACUGCAAAACGUUCCAAAGAUCAAUCUCAAGGAAGUCCAUAAGCUUCAGGACUUAAGUGAUCUGCUCAUGGAACUGGAGCUCGCCAAAAGAGACCCUCGUUUGUCUGGACUGUGCUACCUGGAUACAGCACACGGAGUGAACCCAAUUGUGGUGAAGCUACCAUACAGUCUUCAAGAGAAGUGGGCAGCAUCAGUUUCAAGCGGUUUAAGAUGAAAGUCCCUGAGGACCACUUCUCUGAAGUUUCUUCCAUGUUAAAGUAUCUCCUUCUACGAGUUCCAACAUUCAAGUCACUGUUCUAGGAUAAUUAUCCUUCAAGUUUGACAAGUUCCUAACUUUCAAGGAAAUUUCUCUACGAACUCCAUCUCCUAAGAUGACAUCUACACUGAAAUCCUAGUCUUCUUUUACAGUUCUUAUCCGGUUAAAGACUUCUUCCGGUUCUGGUUAUUCAAUUCUGAUUUAUUCUACUGGACAUUUUAUUAUUCGCUACAAAAGAAGAGGAAGAGCUAAUGGCAACUGUCACUAUUAUACCUUAUCCUGAUUCCUGAUUGGUUAUCACACAUGGCAACAUCCUAGGAUACGCCAUAUCUGUUAAAGUUUUUUCUGUAUUGUCAUUACUGUUAACCCUUUUGCUGCUGAGAUAGUAAAAUAGGAUUUAAAAGCAUAAUACUUGCGUUUUGUCUUUAAUAAAAUCUAUAUUUUCCUUCACCAAGGAUAGGAAAAUCUUCAAUUUUGCCUGUUGACAGUUUCUUUUUACCCUUUUUUUUCACUUUGGUUUUCGUGGACAUGCACCAAAUUUAUCAUUUGGUGCAAGUUGUUAGUAAUUUUGGCUCAAAUGUUGAAAUCAGCUGUUCACAGCGCCUUUUACACAGAACUUACCGCCACAGAGGACGCGUAUUUUAUCAUGUAGAGCAGCCAUUUCGGAGUCACUCCUGCAGUAUAUCAGCAAGCGACAUGAGUUAUUUUCUUUUGUGGGAUUUAUAGCCACCAUGUGAAAUGGAUUUUAUUUUCAACUUGGGUCGGUUUUUUUUGGUACUUUAGUGCUUACCUUUCCUGAACCUGUGCGGCCAUGUCCAAUGCUGGCUCAACGGAGGGUGAAGUUCCUCAGAGACAACUAUGUCGCAGGAUAGUACUGAGCAGCCCUGGAGGCGUCGCUGCUUUCACAAAAAAAAAUGUUCAUGUAUUUUGACGCCUUUACAUUUUCUGACAUUGCUAUGUGUGUUUUCCAUGUACAACAUUUCUUGGCGGUGAAUUGCGCCAAAAAAAACCCCUAAAGGCGCAAAAUUGUGCCAAAGAUCGAUUGGCACAAAUGAUGAAUUACUGACUAAAGUAAAAAUCACACACAGGACCG